CGUCUCGUCAGAGUCACAGUAGAGAGACAACAUACUUCAAUUUGUCUGUUUUGAUUGUUAUGAGAAUUUUUUUUAUUGUUAGAAGAAACUAAAUCAACUUGAGAUUCACUGGAUCCCAUAAACAUUUAAAUAUGGCUAGUCCCGACAAGAUUUCGUCUCAGCAAAAGUUGAAGAUGAAAAUGGUUUCCAUUGAUACUUGGUCAACUCGUGAACAGUUAUGUUUAGCAUCUUCUGUUUUGCAUAGUGGAGAUCAAAAUUGGGUUUCUGUGAGUCGGUCGUUGAGGUCGUUUGCUGAACCAAAUCGUCCACAAGAUUGGUUAUCUCCUAGAAAUUGUGCUUUGCAGUAUAAUAGUCUUUUGGAAAAAACAGGAGCACAUAAAAGAAAAAGGGGUGAGAGACAUCCAAGUUCUGGAUCAACUGACUCACAACAAGGAGAAACAGCUGGAGAGAUUAUUCUUAGACAGUUGACUCAAGAACGCAUUGAAGAGCUCCAACAACUACUUGAGUCAUCAAGAAGAGAAUAUCAGAAAUUAAAGAAAGAAUUGGAUUUAGUUCAAGAUGGUAAACUUGAUGAUCGACUACCCGAAAUUUGCAAACGAAUCGACGAGGAGAAUGAAAAGAAACUUAGUGAGCAAAAAUCUCACUUAAAAUGGCUUCAAGAACGCGAAUUCAAACAACAAGAGUUGAAGCAAGUACAACAACUAAUGUUACGUUCACCUGCAAAAACCAGCAACAUUUCUGAAGUGGUGGAUGGUGGUGAAAUGGCAACUGGUAGUCCGUCAAUCACAGAUCAGCUUAAUAUCGACGUCUCGUCAGAGGAGGCACGCGAAACAACCACUGCUGCGCCUUCCAGUGAGACUAAACCUGCAUCUACUGGUGGCAGCCUAACUCCACUAGCCCCAGCUGCUACUCCUUCUUCACCCUUGCUCACAAGUCUUUUGAGGAGUCCCACUGCUACAGCAAGUGGUCCCCCAAGUGCUACCAAAGGAUUUACGACGCCCCCUUCGAAGCCUUUUACACUAACCACUCCAAGCGGUAUGUCCCCUGGACUAAAGAAUUUAGUGUCUACCGCUAUUGGAGAAGAGACCUCACCUGCCAAAGUCACGUCUUCCUCCCCAGGAACAAGAGUUGCUGCUCCGACAUUAACCCACCUCUUAGAGCUGCCACUCAACUCCCCGGGGAAACCCCUACCAGAUUUGACUGUAUCCGAAGAAACGGAAGUGUCUACUUCCUCCACCGAAAGCAAAAACGAAGUAGAAAUUAAGAUCCAAGAAUCUGAGUCUGAAGUGGUGGAAGAAUCCCCAGUACCCGAGAAAACGGAGCAAGUUGUAGAGGUAGAACCUAUGGAGGCUACUGAUGUUGUCAUCAGCCAAGAAGAAGUAGAAAGCACUACCAAAGAAUCAGAAGAGACCCAACCAGUAAUAGAAAAAGAAGUGCCAACCAAUGGCCUUUCGAUAGAGCCAUGUGAGUCGCCCGUAAAGAGUGAAACCGAAGUGGUCGUGGUUAACGCAGAAGUAGCAGGUGAGUUGACUGUCAAAGAAGAACAGCCCGAAGAAACAGUUGCGUUUGACAGUGAGAUUGAAGUGAGUCAUACCGAAGAUGUUGAGAAGACGGUGGAAGAAGUCGCUGUCGAAGUGACAACCACAUUAAAGGAAGAGCCUGUUGAAGAGGAGGAAAUUGUGCAGGAAGAAGAAGAAAAGACAAUUGAAGAAGUCAAUGAGGAAUCCGGCGACGAAAAGGGUGAAGAAAAGGAACAAAAGACAGUUGAAACAGAGUCCGCUGUAAAAUCGGAAACAGAAGUGCCCAAAAUAACGCGUCGAGCUCAAAGAGGAAGUCGGAAAAAGGAUCUGGUCAGUGAAACUGAAGGAACUCCCAGCGACGAAAAGUCGAAAUCCGCUGAAUCGGGUCCUACUACUAGACGUAGUUCUGGGCGUAAAGGAACUCAGUCGGACGAGCAAGAAGCAGAGAUUACAGAGGAACCAUCCGAACCAGUUACACCAGCUGGUGUCGGAAAAAAGAAGACAUCCUUGCCGCCUCCUUUAUAUGUUCCUUCUACAUCUCCUGCUCCAUCCAGUGGUAUUGAUUCCACUCCAAACAGCCCCACUUCAUCUGUUAGCACUGUUGCGGAAGACGACCGAGAUUACAGGACUUGGAAAAAGUCCAUACUGUUGGUGUGGCGAGAAAUAUCCAGCCACAAAAAUGCAUCUCUCUUUGCCAAACCAAUUUCAGAAGAAAGUGUUCCAGGCUAUCGGAGUUUGGUCAUGCGACCCAUGGAUUUGAGCACCAUUAAAAAGAAUAUUGAAAGCGGAGCUAUUCGAAGCACCGUUGAGUUCCAGCGGGAUAUAUCACUCAUGUUUUUCAAUUCCAUCGUUUACAAUCCAACUUACCAUGAAGUCAAUCGCUUAGCGAAGGAAAUGUACACUGAAAGCACUACUAUCAUUCAGGAAUUUGUUAAUGCUCAAUUGCUCGCUGCUCAUAACAUGGAUUCAUUGCGUCCAAUUCGACGCGAAACCCGAGACCUUGCCCGUCGGACUGAAUCGCUGAGUUCACACGAGGAAACACCCGUCAAACUGGAAGAAGGCAAAACUCGUGCAGCUAAGAGAGCGUCGGCCGCCGCGCAAGUUGACGAUAGCGCGGCUGUCAAAACCAAGAGAAGAUCACGUUUGCACAAUGACUGAGGCUGCCUGCAAUCACCAUUAACUCCAUUGUUAAUAGAAACGUUUUUUUUUUCUUCCAUUAUCAUUUUUCUGACUCAAUACAGAUCUUCAGCUUUUUUAAA